CUGACUGAUGAGUGACUCUUUAAAACUCAGCUGUUGUUUUCUGGCUAUCAUUUGAACUCAAGGAUGGACAAGGAUGGUAGGAAGCCAAAGACCUUUGUGUCCACAUUCCGACUGGACCUCAAGCCUCAAGCCAGACCUUUCUGUGUGGGGAAGCAGAAGGAGAAUGGACUGGAUACCACUGAUAAGACAGUCAUGAGAAACAAAAAACUGGGAGUCUCAUCAGCAACAGGUGCCACACAGACAACAGUCCAGGCCCUGGAAGAACCUCACUUCAAAGAAACACUGAGGAACUGUACAGCCAACGAAGGAAGUGACGCUACUCUUCAAAGUGUUGUCACAGGAAGUCAGCCUCUGAGCAUUUCCUGGCUACACAAUGGUGAGAAGGUGCAUUCAAGAAAGACUUCGUUCAAAAAUGGUGUUGCCAGUCUGACUCUGACUCAGUGUUCACCUGGAGAUGCUGGGACGUAUACCUGCACAGCUGAGAAUACUGCCGGCAAACAGUCAAGCAGUGCUGAGUUACACAUCACAGCAACAAAGGAAAUCCCCAGAAAAACCAACCGCAAGUUGCUCGGUGAGGUUACGCAGAAGUCUGUGCCACCUGAAAACACCAAAUUGCCCUCAGCAUCUAAAGAGAAAAGCCAACACAAAACAGCAGAAGACAAAGGUCCUUCUGUGGAGUUUCUAGACCCACCAGAGCAGGUGGAGGUUCGAGUGGGAGAGCAGGCCCGGCUCAACUGUGAAUUCAGGUGCAGCUCUGUCCCUUUCGCCUGCUGCUGGAUUUACAACAGAGACAAGGUGGUAGUAAAAAGCCCAAGGAUAUCUGUCAGGAGCAGCAACACACAGAGCAGUGUGGAGAUCUCUCAGGCCUGUCCGGAUGACAAGGGCUCCUACACUGUGGUAGUAAAAAACCGAAAAGGUUCUGCCCAACAUACAGUCUCCCUCAGUGUCAUAGACCGUCCUGACCCACCUGCAUCCCAUCCUGUUGUGUCCAAGCUGUCCACUCAGUCCCUGGUCCUGUCCUGGACAGGUCCCAGCUACGACGGAGGUACAGCUGUGUUGGGUUACAUUGUGGAGGUCAGGCAAGACGGCUCUGACAAGCCUGGGAGCUGGACUGAACUAAUAAGCCGCUGUAAGAACACAUCUUACCACGUCCGCUCUGGUCUUGAGCCUCAGGGGAAGUACCGCUUCCGUGUCCGAGCCUACAACACCGCAGGAGUCAGUGAACCAAGCCAGGAGUCUGACUGUGUAAAGAUGGCGACUGCAAAGGAAGAAACCAAAGAAAAGCCAGAGUCAUACGUCACAGUGACCAUUGAUACCAAACAUAAGGUCAAGGACCACUACAAUGUCCAUGAGAAGCUGGGAGUUGGGAAGUUUGGACAGGUGUUCCGGCUGACCCACAGAGAGACCGGCCAGGACUGUGCAGGGAAGUUCUAUCGAGCCCGUACCUCUAAGGAGAAGUCGGAUGCCCACAAGGAGAUUGAACUGAUGAACUGUCUCCACCAUCCAAAAUUGGUCCAGUGUCUGGCUGCAUAUGACACACGAUCAGAGUUGGUCAUGGUCAUGGAGUAUAUCGCUGGUGGAGAGCUCUUUGAACGCAUCGUUGAUGACAACUUUGAGCACACAGAGCUGACCAGUGCCCGCUACAUGCAGCAGAUCCUUGAGGGCAUGCAGUACGUUCACAAGCAGAACAUUGUCCAUCUGGACCUCAAACCAGAGAACAUUGUCUGUGUGGACACCACCAGUACACGUCUCAAGAUCAUUGACUUUGGCUUGGCCAGUAAACUGGAGGAGGGUAAACCUCUAAUGGUGAUGCAUGGAACGCCAGAGUUCGUGGCCCCAGAGGUAAUCAACUAUGAGCCCGUGGGCCUGGAGACAGACCUGUGGAGCAUUGGAGUCAUCUGUUUCAUCUUGCUCAGUGGAGAAUCCCCCUUCCAGGGAAACACUGAAGCUGAGACUUUGGCUCUUGUGACUGCUGCCCAGUUCGAGUUUGACCCGGAGAGUUUUGAGGACAUCUCAGAUCAAGCAAAGGAUUUUAUUAGCUCCUUACUGAAGAAAGACCGGAGAUGCAGGUUGUCAUGUGUUGAGGCCCUCGCCCACCCCUGGAUGGCCUCUUUCACUCCUCUGAACCGCAGGCCCACUAAGUCCCUCAAUAAGGACAAGAUGCGACGUUUUCUGGCCAAGCGCAAGUGGAAGAAAACUGGCAAGGCUGUCUUGGCCCUACAGCGGAUGGCUAACCUCUCCAACAGGCCAGACUCUCCUGGCAGCUCCUCAGAGGAGCCAGGCUGGAGCCAAGAGGCAGAGGAGGCAAUCCAGUCGCUGGAUAAACAGCUUCAGAGUGAACCUCGCUUCCAGCAGCCCCUGAAGGACACCACCCUUCCCAAAGGAGCAACAGCUCAUCUAACAUGCCUUGUCGAUGGUUACCCACAGCCGGAGGUGAAGUGGCUUCAGAAUGAGAAACUGGUAUCGGAGUUGUCCAGAGUGACUGUGAAGCACCAUGAUGACGGGCUCUGCUCUCUGCUUCUGGCUGAUUUAGAGGCCUCUGAUUCUGGGGUCUAUGUGUGCAAGGCCAGCAACAAGCUGGGAGAGGCAAUGUGUUCUGCCAAACUGAAAGUGGAGAUAUAAUAGAGGAUAAAACCACCUGAACAACUUUAGAUUUCCUUCAUUUGGACAAUGACAUUUCGGAUGUGGACUGAUUGAAAUGGUUUGAAGCCUGGACAACAAAGGACCGUUAUUCACUGCAACACGAAAGGCUGCUCACACAUAAUUUCACUGUGAUGUUACAC